AUGGGUUGCUGUGGAAGCAAAGAAACACAUGACGAGGACGAUGUGAAUGCUCCAUUGUUGCGAAACGAGCUUUCGGACAACACAGGGCAAAUGCACUACAAUUCGUAUGAUACCAUCGAUGUAAAGAAAGAACAAGAAUUUUGGAACGACAUCAUUGAAAGAACAACGCAGUAA